GUUUUGGCGUUCGCGUCCAUCGCGACGGCGCACGCGUUGUUGCUCUUCGCGCAACAUUGGAGCGUUCGUAUUCGGUGCUUCGUGCAGUACAAACCCAUCAACCGCGUGACCGAGGGGUCUUACUUUAUCAUUACUCCGCACGCGCAUCAAGGGAAACCGGAAAUCGUGCCGGUGUCGCGCUUACGAGUGUUUGACGCGGAUGGUAGUUUACGAACAAUGCUUUGGUGCGUGUUUCAGCGCCAGCGGUACGAGUACGUGGAGAUUGAGUGGGACGAAGCUCGCGGCAAAGGUCAAGGCGAACUUCGCGAAAUCGAGACGCCAAAAGAUUUACCGCUUUCGCAUUACGUCAAGUCGAGAGGUCUUUCCGGAGAAGAGGUACACCACAGUCAUGAACGAUACGGCGACAACGCGCUCCAAGUCAACAUUCCCACGUUUUGGAACUUGUACAAAGAGCAACUCACGGGUCCGGUGACUGUUUUCCAAAUCUUUACCGUACUCCUUUGGCUCAUGGAUGAGUACUGGAAGUACGCCCUGUUCAGCGCGUUGAGCUUGUUGAUCUUUGAAGGCACUACGGCGUUUUCGCGGCAGAGAAACAUCGCCACUUUGCGGGGUAUGGGUCAAAAAGCUGGGCGCAUCCUUGUGCGACGUGGUGGUGUAUGGGAAGAUCACUCAACUGAAGAGCUGUACCCUGGCGAUAUCAUUUCCAUUAAGCGUAACGGAGGCGAAGAAGUCCCGGUUCCUUGCGACUGCGUGCUCCUUGCCGGAUCAGCUGUCGUCAACGAAGCGAGCUUGACCGGCGAAAGUGUCCCGCAAAUGAAAGAGCACAUCAACCCGGAGGUGUCGAAGGAUGAAAGACUUGAUAUGAAUGGCUUGCACAAAGUACACAUUCUCUACAGCGGCACGACGUUGAUGCAACACACCUCAAAGACAGAAAGCGAAUCGUCGGCGCUCCAAGUGACCACGCCGGAUGGCGGAUGCUUGUGCUACGUCCUUCAAACGGGUUUCGCGUCUACGCAAGGUAAAUUGAUGCGUAUGAUGGAAUUUAGCAGUGAGCAAGUCACUGGAGACACAAAGGAAACGCUCGUUUUACUCUUCAUUCUCCUCAUCUUUGCUUUAGCGGCGAGUUACAACGUUUACGUCAAAGGCAUUGCAGAUGGGAAACGGAGUCAGUAUGAACUCAUCCUGCGAUGCAUUAUGAUCGUCACAAGUGUUGUGCCUCCGGAUCUUCCGAUGCAAACAGCGAUGGCGGUAAACACGGCUCUCAUUGCUUUGGUGAAAGCUUCCGUUUACUGCACAGAGCCGUUCCGCGUUCCCGUCGCCGGUAAGGUGGACUGCUGCUUAUUCGACAAGACUGGCACCAUCACGAGCGACCGUCUCGUUGCCGAGGGAGUCCUAAGUGAUUUGACCAAGGGCGCUCCGCUUAAACAACCCGUAGAAGCGGACAAGAACGUAUCCAUUGUCAUCGGUGGUUGUCACGCACUGCUUGAAAUCGACGGAAAAACGUUUGGCGACCCUCUCGAAAAGGCUGCUCUUUUGGGAAUCAAAUGGAAGUACGAUCCCGCCACUCACUUAGGAACGCCAAAACUUGAUGAUAAGAUUACUCGAUCGUGGACUGGCGCUGAGAACACUUCUGUGAAGAUUUUGGUGCGCAAUCACUUUGCGUCAGCAUUGCAGCGAAUGAGCGUCAUUGCAGACGUCUCGAGUAAUUCAACCGUUAGUCGAUGGUCUUUGGUGAAGGGUUCUCCAGAGAUGAUCAAAUCACUGUUGAAGAACGUUCCGCAAGGUUAUGAUGCCGCGUACCGCGGCUUGGCCGAGCAAGGUAUGAGAGUGAUUGCUCUGGCGCACAAGGAAUUGAGCGCCGAAGAGAGCGCUCGAGUUGGCUCCCAGUCCACACCUUUGACUCGGGAUGAAGCGGAAUCAGAUCUCGUGUUUGAUGGAUUUUUUGCGUUCGCUUGCAAGGUCCGCGCUGACUCUGCUGAGAUCAUUCACGCACUACAGGCGAGUUCUAAUAAUGUGAUGAUGGCGACAGGCGACGCAACGCUCACGGCGUUACACGUCGGUAACGAAGUUGGGAUCGCUCGAGGUGGUCUCGAUGGAGCGUUGAUAUUAGCACGUGACCAGUUGGAUAAAUUGGAGUGGCAGAGCGCUCGAGUUGAUGAGCACAUGAAGCCUAUGAAAGUUUUCCCAUACGAAGAAACAUCCAUUCGCGAACUUGCGAAAGAGUACAGUUUGUGCGUCACCGGUAAAAGCCUGAACGUCGCUCUCACGGCUUCCGGUACACUUUGGGAUAACCUGGAUCAAAUUAGCAUUUACGCUCGUAUGUCUCCUGACGACAAGGAGAGAGUUCUAAAACGUUUGAAGACGCAAGGAAAACAUACCCUGAUGUGCGGCGAUGGCGCAAACGAUGUCGGCGCACUCAAGCAAGCGCACGUCGGCGUCGCCUUGUUGAGCGGAUUUGAAGCUGGAGAAAAGUGGGCUCAAUUGAACGCCAUGAAAGUGGCGACGCAACGACUAGUACAAGAGGCAAAGCGUAGACAAGCUGCCAGAUCAAAGGUUGCUGGGACUGGGCAGUCGCUGCAGCAAGUGUUUGCAGAGUUGGAAGAGACGGACGGGGAAGUGCCGAAAGUUAAGCUUGGUGACGCCUCCAUGGCUGCACCUUUCACGAGCAGAGCCCCGAGCAUUAAAGCCACGGCUGAUAUCAUCCGUCAAGGUCGAUGCACGCUCGUCUCUGCCAUUCAAAUGCAGCAAGUGUUGAUGUUGAGUUGCCUGAUUUCCGCGUACUCUCUAUCCGUGUUGUACUUGGACGGUGUUCGCAACAGCGAAAGUCAAAUGAUGGCGGCUGGAACCGCGCUCACGGUAGCCGGGCUUGCGUUUUCGUACGCAACACCGGUCCACACGUUGAGCGAGGUUCGUCCUCUCCGCUCGAUUUUCCACCCGGCAAACUUUUUGUCCCUCUUUGGCCAACUCGUCAUCCACCUCGCCGCCAUGGUUUACGCUGUACAUCUUGUUAAAAAAGCAGCGAACGAAACGCAGCGAAGCUUCUGGGAACAGGGACCGCCUUUUGAACCGUGCUUGCUGAACACCGUCGUGUUCCUCGUUGACACCGUGCAGCGAGUAUGUGUCAUGCUCGUCAACUACAAAGGACGUCCGUUCAUGCUCGGUGCGAUGGAGAACAAAUCUCUCAUGGGAUCGAUGGCGUCUAUGGUCAUCGGCGCCUUCGUGUGCGCGUUCGAAGUCAUCCCAUGGUUGAACAAGAAGCUCCAACUCGUAUCGAUGCCGGAC